AUUUGAUUUUUAUCAUUUUCAUUUUUUUUUAUUAUGUAUUAAUUGCAUUGAAAUAUACAAUACACUUUAAUUUUUCCAAGUAUUGAUUCAUAACACAGAAUCAAUGGUUACUUUUUACAUUUAAUAACAGAAUGAUAGUAAAAAACUAUAUAAAAGGAUUGUUUAGCCGCUUUGUACAAACAAAAAGUUGUGUACGAAAAAACUCUACUGCAAAAUAUUGUUUGGAAUUAGUUAGAAAACAUGAUUUUGAAAAUUAUUUAUGUACCUUAUUAUUACACAAAAAUAUUAGAAGAACCGGGUUUGCUAUUAGAGCAUUUAAUAUUGAGAUAGCAACUCUUCAAGAUCAAAUAAGUGAUAUGAAAAUUGGAGAAAUGCGGUUUAAAUUUUGGGAGACAUCUUUAAUUGAAAUUUAUAAAAAUAAAAUCCCAAAACAUCCUGUACUCAUUGAACUUUAUACAGCAACAAAAACACAAAAAUUAAGUAUUAUAUAUUUGAAACGUUUAAUCUCAUCUCGAGAAAAUUAUAUGUUAAAUUCAUCUCUAAAAACUAUUGAAGAUUUAGAGACUUAUGCUGAAAACUCUGUUUCACCAGUAUAUUAUUUAUUUCUAGAAGCAAUGGGAAUUAAGGAUAUGACAAUUGACCAUACUGUAAGUCAUCUAGGUAAAUGUCAAGGAAUUGUAAACAUUAUUAGAGGUAUUCCUUAUAAUUCAAAAUCUGGGCGUAUAUCAAUACCACAAGAUAUUUUAUUAAAAUAUAAAGUUUCCUAUGAAAAUAUCAUCAGAAAUUCAAGGGAACAGAAUGUGCGUGAUGCAAUUUAUGAAUUGGCUUCAAGAGCUAAUAGUCAUCUAAUGAAAGCCAGAAAAUUGGAAAAGGAAGGAAAUAAACGUGUUAAAUCAAUAUAUUUACCAUUUGUUCCUCUUCAUUUAUAUUUGGAAAAACUUCGACAAGCAGAUUUCAAUGUAUUUGAUAAAAAACUACAAACACGAAAUAAUUUAUUACCUAUGAAACUUUUAUGGCAUAAAAUAGUUGGCUGAAAUAAUUAUUUAGUCAAAUAGUUUUGUUAAUGUUUUUACAAAUACACUUUUGUAUACUAUGAUUAAAAGAACAUUAAACUACUGUUAUUGUCUCUAUCUUAAAAAAAGGAAUGUCAGCAAAUUUGCGUUCAGUAAAACUAAUUUGGUUUUAUUAGCUUUAAUACUAGAGCAAAUUAUACCAUUUAUAAACUUAAAAAUUAGAAGAAAAAAUUUUUUUACAAUAUUUUAAUUUUUAAGCAAUUUAUGAAUAUUUACAAAUUGUAAUAUUUUAUACUCAUAACUGACUUAAAAAUGUAUAAAUCUUACUUACUAAUACAGAUGAUGUUUUUUCCCUAAGUUUGUUAGAAGAUCAUUUCACUUUAAUAUUAAAGCUAACAACACAGAAUUGGUUCUGCAGAACUCAAAUUGUUUAUGUUGUAUAAUAUUUGUAAAAUUUAAACAACACAUACAGGUAUAAUUUCCUCUUUACUUGAUUAAAUUUCUAAUGAUUAUAGUUAUUUAAUUAAUUUUAACAAUUUAAAGAUUAGUCUAUAAUAUUUGUUAUUUAUUGUUAUUAUGAAAUAAAAUUGUUGUACUUACUUAUUUGUUGUAGAAUAUGAUAGAUAGCAUGUUCUACUGAUGUAUCAUAAAUAUAGUGGGAAAUUGAAAAAUA